AUGAACCGGGAGAAUCCACCGCCACAAACGGUCCGGGAAAGGGCAGACAUCCUGGUGGACAUCGCCGAACUGUACUGGAGGAGCACGCCCGCGCUGGGAGCGAAGUAUCUGGCAACAGCGAUAGAAGUUGAAAUAUUUUCACAUUUCCCAAAUCGUGUCCCCGGCUCUCGCCUGGUCCCUCCUGCUCUCCCCUGGUCUCUCCUGCUCUCCCCUGGUCCCUCCUGCUCUCCCCUGGUCCCUCCUUGCUCUCCCCGGUCCUCCUGCUCUCCCCUGGUCCCUCCUGCUCUCCCCUGGUCCCUCCUGCUCUCCCCGGUCUCCUGCUCUCCCCUGGUCCCUCCUGCUCUCCCCUGGUCCCUCCUGCUCUCCCCUGGUCCCUCCUGCUCUCCCCUGGUCCCUCCUGCUCUCCCCUGGUCCCUCCUGCUCUCCCCUGGUCCCUCCUGCUCUCCCCUGGUCCCUCCUGCUCUCCCCUGGUCCCUCCUGCUCUCCCCGGUCCUCCUGCUCUCCCCUGGUCCCUCCUGCUCUCCCCUGGUCCCUCCUGCUCUCCCCGGUCCUCCUGCUCUCCCCUGGUCCCUCCUGCUCUCCCCUGGUCCCUCCUGCUCUCCCCUGGUCCCUCCUGCUCUCCCCUGGUCCCUCCUGCUCUCCCCUGGUCCCUUCUGCUCUCCCCUGGUCCCUCCUGCUCUCCCCUGGUCCCUCCUGCUCUCCCCUGGUCCCUCCUGCUCUCCCCUGGUCCCUCCUGCUCUCACUUGGUCCUUCUAG